GCCGAGCGGAGAUGAAGCACGCGUUUGUUGGCAAUAGCUUUCUCCUCCUUUCCUCCCCUUUUCCCCACUGUCUCGCUCAUACAGAGACGAGAGAGAAAGCGAGAGGGAGACAGAGGGUUCCGUGCUCAUCCACGCAUCGAAUCGGGUCGACCCUCAGGCGUCUCGUCGGCGCCCUGUCCUGCCCGCUAAGAUCAGGAGGACCCUCGCCGAGCUAGCCCGCGCCCCCCACCUUUUUUGUUCGUCGCGAUCGUGAUCGGACGGCGAGCCAUCCCCGAUUCGGGGUUGUGAACAGUCGAUUCCAGGGCUGUUUUUUCCUUUGCAAUGGCAUCUGGAACUGAUGAGAAAGCCAAGAUGGAGAGUUUGACAUCGCCUGCAGCCUUUGUAGAGGGUGGGGUCCAGGAUGCAUGUGAUGAUGCAUGUAGCAUUUGUCUUGAGGCUUUCUGUGAGAGUGAUCCUUCCACAUUGACAGGUUGCAAACAUGAGUUCCAUCUCCAAUGCAUUCUUGAAUGGUGUCAAAGAAGUUCUCAGUGCCCUAUGUGCUGGCAGCCUGUCAGUAUGAAGGAUCCUACCAGUCAAGAGCUUCUGGAGGCAGUAGAGCGGGAGAGGAAUAUAAGAACCAAUCAAACUCGAAAUACGACUAUAUUUCAUCAUUCUGCUCUUGGUGAUUUCGAAGUGCGGCAUUUACCUGUUGUUGCUAAUGAUGCUGAAAUUGAAGAGCGUAUACUGCAACACCUAGCUGCUGCUGCAGCAAUGGGAAGGUCACACCAACAUGGUAGAAGAGAGGGGCAGAGGAACCGAUCUGGCUCUCAUGGCAGCCCACAGUUCUUGGUUUUCUCUGCACAUCCAAAUACUCCUGCUGGCUCUGUUUCAUCAUCUUCUGCUCAGGGUGAAGGUGCUGACGACUUGAGGAUUCUUGUUCCCAGAGUUGGUGACUUACCACCACAUGCUAAUCCCAUUGAAGAAGCAGGCAACCAAAGUCCGGGGGUCCUUACCUACGAUGCUGAACAAGAUGCUGUUGUUUCAUCUGGAAAUAGUACCCCCGUAUCCAGUCCUAGGUUUUUCAACAGGAGACAUUCCUCUGGACAAUCAACUCCAGUAGGUAAUGACAGGGCUGGGCCAUCAGAUGUUCAGUCUUUCUCAGAUUCUCUAAAGUUGCGCUUAAAUGCUGUCUCCUCGAAGUACAAAGAAUCUAUUACAAAAAGUACUCGAGGGUGGAAGGAGAGGCUUUUUUCACGUAACUCAUCUGUGUCUGAUCUUGGUUCUGAAGUGAGACGCGAAGUUAAUAAUGGAAUUGCAUCUGUAUCGAGGAUGAUGGAGCGUUUGGAAACUAGAGGAAGUGGUAGACCAAGCUAUAGCCCAACAACAUCUACUUCUGAAGUUUGUCUCACUACAGAACCAAGCAAUGAGAGGGUUACCGAAAGUAACUCUAAUACUACUACGAGUACUAGCAACACUUCUACCCCUUGUGUGACCAUGUCUGGUUCAAAUUAGUGCAUGCUACUCUUUCUGAAGAAGGCCUGCAUGUUCCCAUUCUUCAUCUUCAAAGGUAUUACAUCUUUCUACCGAAAAAAUGUUGGUUGUGAACUUGUGAUCUAUGUUGCUAUACCUGUGAAUUAUUUUGAUUAUGCUAUUUAUCUUAAGGUAGUAGAAGAUAACAACAAUAUAUCCAACUGACUGUCUUGCGUUAGAUUAUAUUAUUUAUCUUAAGGUAGUACUCCCUCCGUCCGGGUUUAUUAGGCCUCUUAGCAUCACAAGCAUGUCCCUUUUUAUAAGGCCUCGCUUUGGAAAGGUGCAUGCGUGCAACCAUUUCAUUGGUUGCCUUGAAAGCCAUUGUUGUUGGUGCCAUGAAUGGGAAAUUAAUACACUUCAUGCGUGCUUUUUCAUUGGCUGCAUGCAUGUGAGAGAGUGCAUUGAGAGUGGAAUUGAAGAAUUUAUGUGAGCAAAUUAUUAUGUGUCUUGGUCUAAGAGAAGUUGUCUUUAGGCCUACUAAACCCGGACGGAGGGAGUAGAAGAUAACAACAAUAUAUCCAACUGACUGUCUUGCCUUACUAAUGCGAUAGUUUAGUGCUAACUUAGGUUAUAAAGCCUGAGCGCAAAAGCGCUAAUUCUAUGCUCUAGUUAGACACCAUGCGCACGACCAACCAACCUCUUGCCACCUUAUGGUAAAAGCUUUGCUAAUUGUAGUAAAAAAAAUCUCAGAGUUAGUUACCACUAAUGAAUGGAGAAACUCCCAAUGGUAAAAGGACGUGAUUUUCCAGUGAAACAAAGGGGGGCACGUUAUGAUUGUGCCCCCCUUUGUUUUUAGAAGUACCUUAAGAUAAUCGCGUCCUUUUACCAGUGAAACAAAGGGGGCACGUUAUGAUUGUGAAAAAAAGUACAUAAUGUGCCCACCUUUGUUUUUAGAAGUACCUUAAGAUAAUUGCGUCCAGUGAAAUAAAGUCCCUUUGUUUUUAUUUUUACAGAAAACCCCCUACAAUUCGUGGUAAUGAACCUGCAAUUCACUUUUAAGUGACAAACAUUUUGUUUUUUUGCAUUUUUAUAGGAAACACCAUGCCUUUUAUGGUAAUUAACCCGCAAUCCAUCGAGAGCAAAUGCUUUUUUGAAAUAUUCAUAUCUUUUAAACCCUAACUCCAAUUUUAACAUGCUAUAUAUGAAAUUUGAUUAGAAAAAAUAUGUGCAAUCUGAAUAUGAUUUCAUUUUAUCUCUUAACCAUUUUUAAAAUGCUAUUUAGAGCGAAACCUUGAUCAAUAGCGCACGAUCCGUCUUUCUUUCGUACCAGUGCCGAUCUGGAUUGCAAAUGAACACCUCGACAAAUAAAAUUGGAGACGAAAGAAACCAUCGAUAACCACACAUGCACACCUUGCCAAAAC